AUGCGAUCUGGUAUAUCAUUAAUUGGAAGAAGCCAAUUUGAAACUGCAAAGCUUAUCAUUAAAUAUAUUAAAGAUCUGAAAUUUUCAUUCAAUGAUUUAGAAAUAUGUAUUCAAAAGAAGCAAAUUACACUUUUCAAUAUGCUAAUCGAAAAAAAUCCGAAUCAGCCGAUCAAUUUUAAGAAACUUAUUGAGCUUGCAAUCAAUACAGAUCAGUAUGAAUUCAUUAAAAGCAUGAUACAACAUGGAAUUACAGAGAAGGAUUUUGAUAUAUUUACAUAUUCUAUUCAGAAUUACAAUAAUAAAUUAAUAAAUUUUUUGUUCAGCAUUGGCCAACAACCGAAUUUAAAUAACACUUCUACUUUACAAGCUCUGAACAAACUAUCAAUUAUAGAUUUUUCUUUCUUUAUUUCAAAAGUAGAUACGAUUAAUAAUUUCAGUGUAAUCAAUGCUAUUGAUUAUUUAGAUGAUGAAAAGUUAGUCACAAUGAUUAAUUAUGGCGCUGAUUACAAGCAUAUUUCUGUAUAUAAAAAACAGGAAAAAGAAUAUCACCGUUCUGCUUUGACAUAUGCAAUCGAAAUGAAAAAAGAAUAA